CACACACAAGUGUGGACGCACAGACGCUCGCACACACCCUCUUGCGCACAUGUUGAUUUAUGGAAACAAUUAUGAUUCUGUCGCAGUCUUUCUGAGUUAGGAAAGUUUGUAGCUACAGUAGAGCGUCUCAUGUUGCAAAAGGCAGACAACAGAAAUGAAAUACUUGUGUGUCCAGCUGUUAUCAACAAGAGCAAAUCUUUUGCUUUCAGCACGAGCAGUGAAUACAAGUAGCAAAGGAGGUCACAGCAGCUGAGCUUAUUACUACCUGUUCCCUUAAAGGAUAUUUCAGCUGGAUAUAGAUAUAUAUAUUUGGAAGGCCGAUUGUCUUUGGUACCUAUGCUUUCGAAAGAAGUCGGGAGGACUGGAAUUCUGCAAGCGGUUGCUGGUUAAAUCUCUUUACAACGUAACAGAAAGGCAGAAGACAAGUCAACGGAACCACCGGAGACGGAUUCUUUUUUCAUUAUGUUGUUCAUGAGCACCCCGAUCACUGCACUAUAAUGCACAAAUGGAUAUUGACAUGGAUCCUGCCAACUUUGCUCUACAAAUCAUACUUUUACGCUAUCUUCCUCAUGGGCGCUAUAUCAUUAGCUUGCAAUGACAUGAACCCAGAGCAAAUGGCUACAAAUGUGAACUGUUCCUCCCCUGAGCGACAUACCAGAAGCUACGAUUAUAUGGAAGGGGGGAACGUACGCGUGAGAAGACUGUUCUCUGGAACUCAGUGGUACAUCAAGAUCGAUAAGAGGGGCAAAAUCAAAGGAAUACACGAGCAGAACAGCAACUACAGUAUUCUCGAAAUAAGGACAGUAGCAGUUGGAAUAGUAGCAAUCAAAGGAGUGGCAAGUGAAUUCUUUAUAGCCAUGAACAAGUCUGGGAAAUUAUAUGGAAAGAAAGUGUGCAAUGAGGACUGCAACUUCAUAGAACGGAUUCAAGAAAACAAUUAUAAUACCUAUGCUUCAGCAAACUGGACCCACAAAGGGGAGGAGAUGUAUAUAGCGUUGAGACCGAAAGGUGCCCCUAAGAAAGGCACAAAAACAAGCAAAGAAGACACGUCGUCCCAUUUCCUUCCAAUUCCGUUAUCCUAAUCACAUAUUAUGUAUGGAGAACCAGUUCCAGCAAAAGCAUUUUCAUUUCUAAAAAGGGGACUGUUUGAAAGGACACGGAAGAGAAGCUGGAAUACUACUGAAAAACUGAACAAGCUGGACUUGCACGUUUAUGUUUAUUUUUAAGAGACUGACUUUAAAAGAAAUGGAAGAUAUACACUACAUCAGAUUUAGUAACUAAGAGUUGUAAAAAUUGUAAAGAGUUGUACAAUCCUUACGUUAGUAUAAGAGUAGCCUUUGCAGAUUCUUAAAUUAAAUUCACCCUUCCACGUUAAGUCAUGACUUGAUUAUCUGAUAUUAUUUUAUUUAAAAUAAACCUAUCUGCUUAAUUAAAAAUGGCUGCUAUAAUAAUAAUAAAGCAGAUGAAAAUAUUAUGUAAAAUAUGUUGGACUUGAUGGCUGCUGGAAUGAGUGUUCAGAUGAUCAAGUCAGAACUAACGCUGGAGGCUGAGCAGUAUUAAAUACUUCCCAGGUUAAAAAAAAAAGUAUUAAAACAAUCUGAAAUUGGAAUACUGUUGUAUUCAGAAAACAAAGCUAGUAUAGAAGAUGAAGGUUGCACCACUGCAAUAUAUUCGUAUGUAUUAGUAAAAAAAAUGACUAAUGCUGCUCUGAGAGAUGUUACAAAAUAGUGUAUAUAAAAUAAUAUUAAUAAGGGAAAUGUACUUCAUCUCACUCUCCUCAAAAUAUCCUUUUAUAUAACGACGAAGUAAAAAAUUCAGACAUCAUCAUAUGGGUUUUUAUGUAACAUAACCUAUCUUUUUAUAUAACUCCUGUUAGGGUAUAUGGCUUCUGAUAUUUUUUUUCCCCACCAUUACUCAAGCUUUUUCUGUUGUUACAGCAUUAAACUUUAUUUUAAGUUAUAGU